GUAAAGUCAACCAACAAUGAUCAUUAUCGUGUUACACCAGUGUAUGGUUUUGUUUCCAAAGGUGAGAAAACAGAUUUGACAAUAAUUCGCCUGGAAGGACCACCAAAAGAGGAUAAAUUCGUCAUUCAAUGGGCUGAGGUACCGGAUGAAGAGGAUGACCCGCAAGCACCAUUUAAAGCUGGGGCACAAGCAGGCGAAGUAAUCCUCCCUAUUAAAGCCGUAUAA